AGAAGGGGCUGGAGGCGGGCACGUCCAGUUGACUGACAGCUCGCGCCGCGGCAUCGGGAAAGGACCCGGCUGCUCGCGGGCGGCGCAGUCGCCGCAGCCGCGGAGUCCGACGGCGCCGGUUCCCUGCGCUGUGUGCCCGCGGUGAGAGAUGCUGUAGGGCCAGGUGAGCUGCUGCAAAGGACUCAUUCUUGGUGGCCAGCAGUUACCGGCAACUUGUGAGCUUGGUGGGCUCCUACUAACACACCUGGGACGCCAGGCUGCCGGGCUCCCCUCCAGGCAGCCUCCCCAGCAGCCCCCCAGAGCCAUGGAGGCCCGGGAGGUCCCCGUGGGCUCGCUAAUCGACUUUGGGCCUGAGGCACCCACCUCCUCUCCCCUGGAGGCACCACCCCCUGCACUGCAGGACGGGGAUGGCUCCCUGGGGGAUGGCGCGUCAGAGAGUGAGACCACUGAGUCUGCGGACAGUGAGAAUGACAUGGGCGAGUCACCCUCACACCCGUCCUGGGACCAGGACCGCCGCUCCUCCUCCAACGAGUCCUUCUCCUCCAGCCAGAGCACCGAGUCUACCCAGGAUGAAGAGACCCUGGCUCUCAGGGACUUCAUGCGUGGCUACGUGGAGAAGAUCUUCUCUGGAGGGGAGGACUUAGAUCAGGAGGAGAAAGCCAAGUUUGGAGAGUACUGCAGCAGUGAAAAUGGAAAAGGCCGGGAGUGGUUUGCUCGAUACGUGAGUGCCCAGCGCUGCAACUCCAAGUGUGUCUCAGAGGCAACCUUCUACCGCCUGGUGCAGUCUUUUGCAGUGGUGCUGUUCGAGUGUCAUCAGAUGGAUGACUUUGGGCCUGCCAAGAACCUCAUGACCAUGUGCUUCACCUACUACCACAUCGGAAAACCGCAGCUGCUGCCCCCGGAGGCCCGGGAGAAGCCCGCGGGCAGCAUCGACUCCUACCUGAAAUCCGCAAACAGCUGGCUGGCCGAGAAGAAGGACAUCGCCGAGCGGCUGCUGAAGAACACCUCGGCCAGGACGGAGAAUGUCAAGGGCUUCUUCGGGGGGCUGGAGACCAAGCUGAAGGGGCCCCUGGCCAGGAGGAACGAGGAAGACGAGAGCAAACCCCAGGAGAAGCGGCCCAGGGCUGUGACUGUGUACAGCCCCGAGGACGAAAAGAAGGGGGAGAAGAUCUACUUGUACACGCACCUGAAGCAGCAGCCCAUCUGGCACACGCUGAGGUUCUGGAAUGCAGCCUUUUUUGACGCUGUCCAUUGUGAGAGGACAAAGCGAUCUCCCACUACCAGAGGGGAUGCUGGAGAGGAGGAGGAGAAGAGGGAGAAGUGGUGCCACAUGACGCAGGAGGAGCGCGAUGAUAGCCUCCGGUUCAACGAGAACAUCACCUUUGGGCAGCUGGGCACGUUCUCGCACAACAUGCUGGCCUUCGGACUGAACAAGAAGCUGUGCAAUGACUUCCUGAAGAAGCAGGCUGUGAUUGGCAACCUGGAUGAAGAGCAAUACAAGCUGCUUAGUGACCACAUUGAGCAAAUGGCCACUGAGUAGGCCCCAGAGGUCACACUCUGCAGGAAGACUGAGACCAUGCGCCAUUCUCCCGGGCCCAGUGCCCGGCCGUCACCCCACCCGUGACCUGCAUGAAGCCAGCAGCACCCAGAGCCGCACCUGCUGCCCUAGAACUAGUGGUUAGAAGAAUCCGCUGCUCCUUCCUCUUCUCCUCUGCCUGUGUCUGCGCCCCCCCAUCCCCCCAUCCAUGUGCCAAAGUGUCCCUUGGGUCACACGGCUAAAGCCAAGGUGACCAGCUGUACCCCGAGUGCCAGGCUUGUGAGAUGAGACCAAGAGGGAGGAGGGGGAGGACGCUGUGGUCCAUCGUGGGCCAAGGGCUGGCGAGGGUGGGGGUGGGCAAGGGAUGCAGGCAGGACAGCCAUGAGGUGGGGCUGCAGCCGGCAUACCCAGUGGUGGAGGACUGGCCCUGCCACUCAUGGUGGGCGGCCCUGGGCCACAUUCCCUGCAAUGGGUGCACACCUGGCUCCCAUCCAGCCCUCUCAGUGUGGGGCUGUGGCCGGUCCUCACUCUUCCCCAGUCUCCCUCUGUGGGGCAGGAACGGGAAGUCACAGGACCCUUGAGGAAGAAACGCCUGUUUUAGGGAGAGAGAGGGAGUGGUGCAGAGGAUGCUCUUGGCUGGCUGGAGCAAGACCCGGCUCCCACCAGAGGGACAUGUGUGUGCCCUGCAGACGGCCUGGGAUCUGUGUGUCUCCGCCAGAGCCACAGCAGUGCCGAGGUGUCUGCAGUAGACCACACAGACCGUCUGACAUGCGCCCACCUGGCGGACAGCUCCCUUCUGAAGCAGAGAAGGCUCCGCAGUCACGAAGCAGCGUUGUGCCGUGUGUCCCUCACAAGAAGCACAGGAAAGAGAAGUUUCUUUAGUAGUCACUAGACAACCACCCUUUCUAAAAGCAAACAGUGCUGCUCUUUAUUCCAGACAAGGCAGGAAAGUCUGAGCUGGGAGAGACAGCAGCUGGAGAGAGGCAGUUCUGUGUGACGUGUGGGGCGAGCCAGUGGCAUGGACUCUGCCUCUAAGGGCUGAGCGCUGGGCCUGUGCCCCCAGGGGCUCCGGAAGGGGCUUUUUCCUUCCCCACCAGACCUUUGCAGCUCCUUCCUCCAGCCUCUGCAGAGACUCCCUUCACCUCGCAGCUACUGCCUGGGAACCAUGACCCUUCUCUUCUGUGGAUCACGGGUACUCCAGGCCAGCCCGUGGGCCCAGGGCCUGACCCUGACACCUGCAUGCUGGGUCCAGAGCCUUCUGUUUUGCCAUGCGUGGACGCUGCCAGCCUGCCUGGGGUCCCCUGCCUCCUACCUGUCGCUGCUGUGGUCCCUGACCGCCAAACAGGCCCGUGGGGCUCUCCCUCCACCCGCCAUCCUCCCCUCCUGCCCUUCCUGGCUACCUCCUCUGACAUUCGGUCAGAUAAGUCCCAUCUUGUUUGUAAGCCUGAGAGUCACUUACCCGGCCAUUGCUUGGAAGGUUUCCCUCCAGGGAAUGCCUCCCCGGAAUGGUCCAGAGACGAGCACAGAUGGGUUGGAUCACAGAAUGUGUGUCUGGGGCAUUAUCUGAAAUGUGGUGUCAUCUGACGCCUCUGGACCACGUCACCAGACUGCAGAAUGGGGGAGCCGGGGCUCAGGGCCCCUGGCUACAUGGUGCGUGAGUGAUUUCAGCCUGGCAAUGCCGCUGGCCGGACUGUGGCCAUGCUGCCAGUGUGCUCACCAUGAGCUGGGCCGGGGUGGGGGAGUUGCGCAGGCUGGGGUGCCCCUUCCCCCAUCGUUGGACCCCGACGGCCGUGUCUCCACCGAAUCCAUUUAGAGAAACAUCAGAGAGCAAGGGGUGUGCGGACGCCCCUCGCUCUGAUGCCAACUGCAAAUAAUACACACCUCCUGCGGCGUCCAGCCACGGCUCCAGGGCACUGCUCUCCUCCCCGCGCCGGCGAAACUCAGGCCACACUGAGGGCUGACUGUCCGGGAGCUCCCUUCAGCUGCCUUGUUGUCAGCGUUCUUAGUCAUGUAUUAUUCGUGUUAGUGAAACACAUUCAGCCUUUGUUCUGCAGUGCCCACAAGACUUACCCCUGCAUGUGUAGGAUUUUUGUUUGGAAGUUUUGUUUGAUUCUGAGACUCUCUUGGGGGCACUGGAGGGCUUGGGCACAGCCUGUGGAAGGAAAGGCAGCACUGACUUCGCUGGACUUUUUUCCAAGCACUUUGACUUCAAAAAUGGUCUUGACACUUUUUUGUCCACAUAGACCUCUUGAAAUAGCCAUUUCAGGGAGAGGAAAGGUUUGGGGUUUUGUCUGUUUGUUUAUUUCUCCCUUUACUACCUGUUCUUGUAGAUCUAGCUCCUCAGAGUUGGAGGAAGCCUCACAGAGAAGGGUCCCCUCUGUGCUCCAUCCACACAGGACGCCUGAGACACAGCUGCUUGUGCUGUGAGCAGAGCAGGCAGUGGCUCGGGAGGCUGCCUGUGGUCUCCUGCGGCUGUGGCUGACAGUGGCUCUGGCCAGGGUUGCCUGGAGGAGGCCCAAUGUGCCUGGCACAGGGCUGACCACCUGCCACCAAGGUUUCCUGUCUUCCCCCAGGGCCUGGGCAGAGCAGGCCUGAGCCGGGCCCUGGUGCGGAGCAGGCGUGAGCCGGGCCGUCGUGCAGAGCAGGCGUGAGCCGGGCCCUGGUGUGGAGCAGACUGACCCAGCCACACUACUCAAAGGUCCCCGCGUGGGGAGGUGUCACACCAGGGCACACCUAGGGCCACCUGGGUACAGGAGAGCUCUGGUGGCCCCUCUGUAAACUCAGGAAGUGUCAGGUGAUUCCUAGGAAGAGGUUCCCAGCCCCAGCAGACAGAAUGCCCAAAACUAGGGGCGCGAAGGCCUGUCGUCCAUGGGGCCGUUGCAGGCACUCUGUUACCCGACCUUGAGGGCUAUGUGAAUCCUAGUGAACCAAACCGCAACCAACUCACUCAAGUGAAAAGCUCCCUGCUUUGAAAACAGGACAUGUUGACAUGCAGCAUUGUAUGUUUUUAGCCUUUGUUACAAUUUUAGCAACAUUGAUGGAAUUGUAGCAACAUUGAUAGACGUUUAAGAGGGGCUGUGUUAAUAGAUUGCAUCUGCCCUGUGCAUGCACAUGUUUAACCAAAGGCCAGAGAACUGAAUUCUGAUGUCGUAAGUUACCUGUAAGUGAAAUGGGGUAGGCUCUAUGAUUUUCCUAUUGCCAAAAGAAAGAAAGUGGGCCAAAGAGCUCUGACAUUUCCAAAAAAGGGCUAGAGGGAGAGUCCAGUUUCUGAGCUCUGUACCCAAUUUAAAAUCCUGAUGUUCAGGUAAUCCAAGCAACACACGCUGGGUUUAAAACCAGCACCGAGGCCGAGUGCGGGAAUCACAGGCACCGCCAACCCUCGUCUUCUUUCCUUCCUGUGAGUUAAAAUCAAACAGGCCUCUCGCUCACUCCUCCAAGCCCAGUAAUGCUGAGGAGUUCAGUUAUGAGGAAAGAAGGCUGGAGCCGUGAGAUUUCGCUUUUCCCUAGGCUGUUCUGCCUGGGUUACCUUAUCACCCUGGAGCACCCGGUAUUCCAGACCCCUGACACGAAGAAUGCAGGUUCACACCGUAAAGAGCUUGUGAAAGGUUUCAGUCUAACUGGGGUUCCUUAGCCGGAAGCCAGGGCUGUAAGCUACUGGCCUGACCUUCCUGGGUCCCACUAUCUGUUGGCUUUAUUUAUUUAUUUUUUUUGAGACGGAGUUUCACUCUUGUUGCACAGGCUGGAGUGCAGUGUCUCGAUCUCUGCUCACUGCAACCUCCGCCUCCCAGGUUCAAGCGAUUCUCCUGCCUCAGCCUCCCCUCCUGAGUAGCUGGGAUUACAGGCAUGUGCCACCACACCCAGCUAAUUUUGUAUUUUUAGUAGAGACAGGGUUUCUCCAUGUUGGUCAGGCUGGUCUCAAACUCCCGACUUGAGGUGAUCCACCUGCCUCAGCCACCCAAAGUGCUGGGAUUACAGGGGUGAGCCACCACACCUGGCUUUUUUCUUUUCUUUUCUUUUCUUUUUUUUUUUUUUUUGAAACAGAGUCUUGCUCUGUCACCCAGGCUAGAGUGCAGUGACAUGAUCUCUGCUCACUGCAACCUCUGCCUUCUGGGUUCAAGCAAUUCUCCUGCCUCAGCCUCCUGAGUAGCUGGGAUUACAGGUGCAUGCCACCAUGCCUGGCCAAUUUUUGUAUUUUUAGUAGAGAUGGGGUUUCACCAUGUUGGCCAGGCUGGUCUCGAACUCCUGACGUCAGGUGAUCCACCCACCUCAGCCUCCCAAAGUGCUGGGAUGACAGGCCUGAGGCACCACACACAGCCUCUGUUGGCUUUUUAAUUAGGAAGGAUCCAGGUAGGCCCGUGUGGUUAGGUCAGCUUUGUUACUGAAUUACCUAAAACCAGACCACAGCGCAGCCAGGGAAUCCAGUAGUGUUUCCAAGAACAGUGUGGAGCUCGAGAAAGAGAACUUUAAAAAUCAGAGGGUUCCUUGUCGCAGAGGAAGGGAUGCUCACAGCGUGGCAGUGGUCCAGCCUCAGGGAGAGGGGAGGGAGAGCCCCCCUGGACCCAGCAGGCAGGUGUUCUGAGGCUGGUCCCUCCUCCGUUUCUGCAGCCACAAGGCGAAGCUGCCAGGUUCUCACUCAAGGCCACUCUCACUCCUUUUCCUGUCCCAUUUCCAGUCCCAGUGAGCCGUUCACUUCCGCUGAACCAUUUUUCUUAGGAUGCAGCCAUCUCACUCCCUUGUCCUGUAAAUCACGUAUUCACACUGAUGAUUCUUGGAGAUAGGUUUCACUUCAGAAGCUCCCAGCUGCGUCCACAGGAAAGGGGAGUCGGAUGCCAGGUGCACCCCGCCUGGCUCGCACAGGCUAAGGCCACAGACAGAGCAGCGCUUCCUGGAGUCACACAGGCCAUGCACCCCAGGAACCCUUGCUGCCGCGGGCCAGGAAUAGGAAUGUGUUGGUGCCUGAGACACCAAACAGAAGAACCACGUCCAGACUGUUCUCCUGCAGCCAACACUGGCCUGGAAGCCACCCUCCACACAGGCGCUCAGGGGGCCUGCCUUCUGUGCGUCAGGCCCGCAUGCAUCCCUGGGCCUCCCUGGGCCUGGGUAGCAUGCUCUCCAGGAGAGGGACGGAAUCAAUCAUGUGACUGACGGGCUCGCAAGGAUGCAUGCCACGUGGGAGCCUGACUCCGGUGCUGGCAAGGGAUUGGGUUUGUGUGGGUGUCUCUAGCCUGCAGACUCCGGUGAGUGAGAGCCCUCGGGAGCGCGGUCCUACCUGCAGCUGCGCCUGGGGAUGCACGUGACCACGGGAUUUCAGUGGGACAGCGCUCCCACGGGGGUUGGGGGUGGGAGUAGGGUUUCUUAGUUGCUAUUGGAAAGGGAAAAACCAUGUCCAAGGGGAGAGAGGAUGGGCUGGGUUCACCCCAACUUCCCUUCUACACCCCUCCCGCAGGACAGUGCAAUUUGGGGAGAACCCAGCCCAUCCUCUUUAUCUGCAGGCUCUGGGACCUGACAAAACAGAGCCUGAGUCUGCUGCAGCCUGAAGCUCCCUUGAGCUGCACCUUAAGGGACUUUGCACUUUAACUAGAAAGAGGAUGCCUGUCAGUAAAUCCCCUGUGCAUUGACUGGAACUAGGGGACUGCGCCCACUCCCUCCUUAAUCCUAGAUGAUUUGCUCAUGAAAUAGAGGUGGGGGACGACGGCAUGCCCUUAGGACGUACAGCCCUAAGGGGUGGACUCCAGAUCUCCCUGCAAGAGACAGCUUGUCUUGGGUUCGUCUGUUGGAGAGGAGCUCCUGGCGUUCCCGGCGAGCCUGGGGCUGUGGCUUAGGGUCUUCUGGGAGGACACUUGGGGAAAGAUAAGGCAAAUGUUUGAACACUAGGAAAUGCUGGAAAUUCAGACAACAUACAUGGAUCCCCUUAAAACAUGUAAAUGUGUCAGGACACGGUUGACCUGCCGCCGCCUUGGACCUGGCAGCCCCCCUUGGAACUAUCAGUGGCGUCUCCCAUGCACACGCCCUCUGCUUUCUCUUUCCUAGACUCGUGGUGGUCACAUCCGGACAUUGCCUUGUUGGUAGCCCCCAGUGGUGUGCAGUGACACCAGUAUCUUCUCUGUUGCAUUUUUGCAAUCUUGUGUCCCACUCGGUGAUGUUCUACAAAGUAUUUUAAGGUUGAGAAAAUUUCAAGGGUGAAGAUCUCAAAACAGUGCUAAAAUCAAAGGUGUUUGCUGUGAAGAAAAAAAUGUGUGUAUAUGUUGCACCUUGAGUUGUCGGAAGGUAGAAACUGAAAUAAAAUAUCCUUUU